AUUUUUCAAGGAAUAUGCACUCUGCUUUCAACUGCGUUUGCCACGAAGCCGGAUGUGCCGAAAGAGAAGCAGUUACGCACUCAACGUGACGCUUUAUUGUGAUUGGCCUGAAUAGAGAGCAAAUUCUUCUACAAAAGAGGAAGGAAUGUGGUUACUGCAAACGCUGCCCUCUUGUGGCACGAUAUGGGAGUUAAUGACAUGGUGGCUAUGUCACGGGACAUUUUGCUAUACAUUUCCAAGCCGUGACUCAAUAAAUAUAGUCAUGCGGCGCUCAAUUAUUCCCUGCUGUUAACCAGGCACUGGUGAAAUCUUAAAGACUGGGGCAGGUCUUUCACAGGAACAAUGGCAGAUGAACGUUCACCUCUCCUCAGUACAAAAUCUCCAGAAUUCUCUGCCAUCAACUCCUCGGGUCCUGUGGCUAUAAACGAGACACAUGAGGUCCAUGCAGAAGUUCAUGUGUAUAAGAGGAGAUGGUGGAUAGUACUGGUCUUCUCGCUGGUGGCUAUGACCCAGGCUGCCCAGUACAAUACCUACGGCCCUAUAGCAGAUAGCUGCAAGCAUGCAUUUAACUGGAGUGAUGGGGAGGUGGCCUUGCUUACCACCUGGGGGCUGGUCACCUUUGCUGUCAGCAUGCUGCCCUUUGCCUGGAUACUGGAUGUGAAAGGACUCCGUGUGGCAACACUGUUGACAAUUACCUUAAUGUUGAUAAGUGCAAUACUGAAGUGUAUUCCUGUCAUGCCUCCCUUGCUCACCUGGUUGGCCAAUCUAGGUCAGAUCUUUGCUGGUCUUGGAGGUCCUGUGUGUAUGUCUGCUCCUCCCUUGUUGUCCAGUCACUGGUUUCCUCCCCACCAGAGGGCGACAGCUACUGCUAUCAUGGCCAACUCGGGCUGGAUGGGACUGGCAGUGUCCUUUCUCUUAGGUCCUCGGCUGGUCAGUGAGCACAACAUGACAGGACUGAAUAUCUCAGUGCAGAGAUUAUAUGCAGCACAGGAGAGGAAUGAUAUCAGGUUUUUCAUGUAUUUGGAAGGUGGCUGGACUGCUCUGCUGUUUCUGGCUGUACUGGUCUAUUUCCCUAACUCUCCUCCCAAGCCGCCCAGCAAGUCAGCUGCGGUGGAGAGACUGGAUUUCAAAGAUGGACUGCGACAGCUGGUCAGACACCGUAGGCUGUGGCUUGUUGGUCUGUCCUUUUCCAUUGCUCUAGGAGUAUUUAAUGCAUGGAACACAAUGCUAGAUGUCAACCUCAAUGGUUUGCUUGGAAUUUCACAGACAGAGGCAGGGAGCCUGGCUUGCUAUGCUGUCAUAGGAGGUGCUGUGUUUGGAUUCUUCUUAGCAGUGUUCGCUGAUGUGUUCUCGGGUCACCUCCGCCUCAUGCUGCUGGUGCUGUUCACCCUGGGUGUCGGGUUUAUCACCUGGUUCUGUAUUCUCUGUGAUGGUUUUAUCCCUUUCUCCUCUGUGAGCCUAUACCUAUCCUGUAUAGUAGGGGGAACCUUUGUCAGUGCCAGUGUGCCAUUGUUCUACGAGCUGGCGUGUGAGACCACCUAUCCAAUAGCUGAGGGGAUCACGGGAGGGUUCAUCAGCUGGUUGCUCAAUAUAUGUGGAAUCCCCUUCCUGAUAGUGACCAUGAUACCUAAUUUGAGUCAGUUUUGGAUGAACUGGGCCUUCCUUGCCGCCAUUAUCUUGCCCAUUCCUUUGCUGUUGCUGUUCAAAGAGAAGUACACAAGACUGACCCUUGACGACAGUGAGGACACGGACACAGACAUCCAGAAAGCCUCAGUCCCAGUCAUAACAUAGAACUGAUGUAAUGCCCAGUAAUUUGAAAGGAAUUGUGCAGAUACAUGUAAUGCUGUGCAACCAAAAGGCAGUAUUUUGGUGUGGCAUGCAUUGUGGCUUGCAUUGUACUAGUAUAGCUUGUCUUAUUUGUAAAAUCCUAAUGCUCAUUACUAAGUGUUAUGAAAGCUUUUCCAAAAGCUUCAGGUUAAUUAUCAGAAGGAUUACUAUCCAUUCUUUGUUAAUGCACAAGUAGUGCAGGUGCUUCCUAUGUUUUUCCCCCUAUGUGGUUAAAUUUCACAAGUUUGGCCAACUUGAAGCAAGUGAUAAUUUGUUGCUGCAUUAGUAUUUACUUGUUCUUGAAUAAUCAGUAUUGAAGCUGAUUGUGUUAAGUACAAAUCUGCAAUAUCAUGUGGUAAAAUGGUCUUACUAAACAAAAUUAAUAAGCUAACAGCACGAAAAAAAUACAACACGUACACAACUUUUUCUACCUCACUACUGAGAUGCUUGGUCAAAUGUGUACUGAAAGACUGCAGGUCAGUUUUUUUAAGAACCCAAGAAACGAAGUAUAGCAGGAAAAUUCUGCAAUUAACAAAGAUAUGUUGCAUUCACUAAUUUUAUAUGCAUUUAUGUACACCAUUAUCACAAUACUUUUUCAUGCUAUUACCAUAAGGUAAUGUAAGGUUAUUUAAAUUACUACUUGAAAUCCAUACUCAAUAUUUCAUAUGAGUUUAUGAACUAAUUCCUGGUAGCCUAUUUUAUUUUUCAAAGACUUUCAAGUCUUAUAAAUCCAAUAAAAUAUUCCCCGUAAAAAGGGGCUUGAUAAGAGCUGAUAUAUAUGAGUCAGUGCCAGUAACUCUCAUUUUAGCUGUUGUUUUAAUGGAACUGUUAUUUUCAAUUAUGAAUUCACUCUCCAAAAUAAAAGUUACAAUGAAAGUGAUUGUCAAUAAGGUAAAAGAACAGGUUUAUUUAAAAUUCCAUUUGUAUGAACUUUUUGUGUAUUUCAUGCUUUACUUUACUUUGGAAGGUUGUGUUUCAAUAGCUCCGCUUAGAAAUUCAAUAUCUCAUCAGAUGCGGUCUUUUUAAAAAAUUAAAUAAUGGUUCACUGUUAGGUGUAAGUGGUCAUUUUGCAAUAAGUUGUUUUCUAUAUAUACACAGGUAAUUGUGAAGGUGGUGUUUAUGAUUGUUUUGGUGUGUCCAAAAAGUGGAUAUCAAAUGAAAGUGGUGGCGCAAAAAAUGUCACCGACUGUUAGAGAAGCUAGAUCCAUUUUAGAUUUAUUUGUGCCAAACUAUCUGACAUGAUUCAUUGUAAAUUCUGCAUGCAUUCAAUGCUUUACUCUGACUAAAUUUUGAAAAAAAAAGUGUUCCCGGCCUGGCGAUGUUAUUCUUAUGCUUGAAUCUGUUUAUUUGAUCGUGUGAAAAUAGGUUUAAAUCCUUUUACAUGUAGCAAAUAGUGAUCAGUUUGCAAUGUAUACUGUAUACACCGAUUGAUUGUACAAACGAAGCACGUGGAGUGUGCCACGUUUAACAGAUUAUUAAUUGGUUUAUUACCUGAGAGUGGCUGA